GAACGACGGAGGAGGAGGAGACGACACUUUUUUCUGCUUUUUUUCUGGGAACGACUCCGUCCGUUCAUCCGGUGGGCGCCUCUGUAACCGGCCACCGGGUUAAUAACUCAUUAAUUUACCCGCCUGCAGCAGUUACAGCAGCUCCACAGGACAAUGAGGAGACGUGUCCACCUCCAGGAUGUCACCUCGCUCACUCCUCCAGCCGUAGCCUCCUCCUGAGCCUCAAAACCGGCUUGUUAACAGUUCUGUCCUCUGUCACGCCUCUGGUGGAGCUGACGUGAAGGAGCAAGGCCAGGUGAUGGAGGAGGACGAGGUGGUGGUGGUGGUGAGCAUAGAGUAUCUGCUGGAGCAGACCAUGCAGAAGGACCUGGGGAGGAGGCUCCAGGAGGGUCAGGAGAUCAUAGAGAUCAUCCUGGACCAAGAGAGGUCUCCUGACCUGGAGCAGGACCAAAAUACGCUGGACAGGAUGGUGGACGCGGUGGCCAGCUCCUGGGUCAACUCCAGCAACUUCAAGGUGGUUCUGUUGGGGAUGGACAUUCUGUCGGCUCUGGUCAGUCGACUGCAGGAGAAAUUCAGGACACAAGUUGGAACUGUUCUGCCGAGCCUCAUCGAUCGACUCGGAGACGCCAAGGACCAAGUUCGGGACCAGGACCAAGCGCUUCUGCUGAAGAUCAUGGACCAGGCUGCAAACCCACAGUACGUGUGGGAGCGAAUGGUGGGUGGCUUCAAACACAAGAACAACCGGACCAGAGAAGGACUCUGCCUCUGCCUCAUCUCAACAUUAAACGUGUUUGGAUCUCAGAGUCUGACGCUCAGUAAAAUCGUUCCUCACAUCUGUAACCUCCUCGGAGACCCCACCAGUCAGGUGCGAGACGGCGCCAUGAACUGCCUCGUUGAGAUCUACCGACACGUUGGAGAGCGAGUGCGCAUUGACCUGGGAAAGAAGGGUCUGCCUCAGUCACGGCUGAAUGUCAUCUUCAGUAAAUUUGACGAAGUUCAAAGGUCGGGGAACAUGGUCCUGUCACCUCUGUCCGACAAAAACUUCGAGGACGAUGACUCGGUGGACGGUGGCCGCUCCUUGUCCUCGUCCAAAGGAGCCCCGCUGUCCGGGAAGAAGACGGUGAGCAUGGGGACGUUUCGCCGGCCAAGCUCCGCCUCCAGCAGCAAGUCUGCAGGGAAGGACGGCUCUGGAGCAGGAGCUGUGGACGAGGACGACUUCAUCCAGGCCUUUGAGGACGUUCCCACAGUGCAAAUUUACUCCAACAGAGAAGUGGACGAGGCCAUGACCAAGAUACGAGAUGUGCUGUCGGACGACAAGAGGGACUGGGAGCUGAGAGUGGCAGCUCUGAAGAAGGUGCGUUCGCUGGUCCUGGCUGGAGCUCCUGAGUUUGAAGGGUUCCUGCAGCAGCUGCGGCUCAUGGAGGCGGCGUUCAAGCUGUCGGCCAAAGACCUGCGCUCUCAGGUGGUGAGAGAAGCCUGCAUCACUCUGGGUCACCUGUCGCUGGUUCUCGGCAGCCGCUUCGACCACGCAGCGGAGGCCGUCAUGCCGGCACUGCUCAACCUGGUUCCCAACAGUGCCAAAAUCAUGGCCACGUCCGGCGUGGCCGUCAUCCGCCUCAUCCUUAGACACACUCACUACCCUCGUCUCAUCCCCAUCAUCGCCAGCAACUGUGCAUCCAAAUCUGUGGCGGUCAGGAGACGCUGCUUUGAGUUUUUGGAGUUGAUGCUGCAGGAGUGGCAGACCAGCUCACUGGAGAGACAUGGGACAGUUGUGAUGGAGACGAUAAAGAAAGGAAUUCACGAUGCAGACGCCGAGGCUCGCUCUGUGGCCAGAAAGUGUUACUGGAGUUACCACGCCCACUUCAGCAGGGAGGCAGAGCAGCUCUUCCAGGGCCUGGAGUCGUCCUAUCAGAAAGCACUGCAGGCUCACCUGAGGAGCGGGGACAGUCUGAUGUCACUGCCCGCCUCUGACCGCUCCUCCUCCUCCUCUCAAGAGAGCCUCAAUCGACCCGUGUCUGUGAAAAGCAGCGCCAGAAGCAACACCAGCAGAAGUAAACACGCCAAACCCACUCACUCCUCCAGAACUGCCGCCACCGCAGCUUCCUCUCCAGGCUCCCUCCAACGUUCUCGCAGUGACGUGGACGUAAACGCCGCCGCCACUGCCACAGCCCGCACCAGGAUGCCCACAGUCCCCUCUGUGUCCUCAGCUUCUCCCUUCAGCGCGGCCUCGGCGCUUCCUCCUGGAUCCUACGCUUCUCUGGAUGCCUCAUGGUCUGUGAAUGCAGAUGGUCGAGUGAGAACCCGGAGGACGAGCGCAGGAAACGGUCCGUGUGUGACGGACAGUCGUGGUCGUAGCAGAGGGAAGGUCGUGUCACAGUCUCAGCCCGGGAGUCGCUCGGGUUCUCCGGGGCGUCUGCUGAGCGCCACCUACGGCAGAAAACCAAGACCUACGAUGGGCACCGCCGCCGCUGCUGCCGCCACGAACCCCAACACGUCAACCAGUCAGACAGACAAGAGCCGGCCUCGAGGUCACCGCAGUCAGGGCUGCAGCCGAGAGACCAGUCCCACCAGAUCAGGAAUGGCCCGCAGUCGAAUCCCUCGACCGAGCAUGAGUCAGGGCUGCAGCCGUGAAACCAGUCGCGAGAGCAGCCGCGACACCAGCCCCACCAGGGGUUUCUCCCCCCUGGCGACGCGGCGUCACUCCCGCUCCACCAGCGCCCUCUCGUCUGCAGAGUGCUACUCAGACCGACUUUCCCACCAGGCUCGGAUCUCGGCCUCCGUCAACGCCAUGAAAAUCCUCAACACGGGCACUGAGGUGGAGGCCGCGGUGGCAGACGCUCUGCUGUUAGGAGACUCCAGGAGUAAGCAGCGGCGCCCGGCGCGGCGGCGCUUCGAGUCGCCCGGCAUGUACUCGGACGACGACGCCAACAGCGAUGCGUCCAGCGCCUGCUCUGAGCGCUCGUACGGCUCGCGCAACGGCGGCAUGGCGCCGCACUACCUGCGCCAGGACGUGGACGUGGCGGAGGUCCUGAACCACUGCGCCAGCUCUAACUGGUCUGAGAGGAAGGAGGGUCUGCUGGGACUGCAGAACCUGCUCAAGAGCCAGAGGAUGCUCAGUCGCGUGGAGCUGAAGAGACUGUGUGAGAUCUUCACCAGGAUGUUUGCAGACCCUCACAGUAAGAGAGUGUUCAGCAUGUUCCUGGAGACUCUGGUGGACUUCAUCAUUCUUCACAGAGACGACCUGCAGGACUGGCUCUUUGUUCUGCUCACACAGCUGCUGAAGAAGAUGGGAGCAGACCUGCUGGGCUCUGUCCAGGCCAAAGUCCAGAAGGCUCUGGACGUCACCAGAGAGUCUUUUUCAUACGAACAGCAGUUCAACAUCCUCAUGCGUUUCAUCGUGGACCAGACGCAGACGCCCAACCUGAAGGUGAAGGUGGCCAUCCUGCGCUACAUCGAGGCUCUCGCUCGCCAGAUGGACCCGUCAGACUUUGUCAACUCCAGCGAGACGCGCCUCGCCGUCUCGCGCAUCAUCACGUGGACGACCGAGCCAAAGAGCUCCGACGUCCGCAAGACCCUUCACAACUGGGCAGGGGAGGAUUUCUCAGGUCGCUGCAGCACUGUGGCCUCUCUGCCAGGAGAGGGAAACCUGGAGGAGAGGUGCAAGCAGGCAGCUCAGGUGGUGCUGAUCGCUCUGUUUGAGUUGAACACACCAGAGUUCACCAUGCUGCUCGGAGCUCUGCCCAAAACCUUCCAGGACGGAACGACCAAGUUGCUGCACAACCACCUGAGGAACGCCAGCGCCAACAGUGGCAUCGUCAUGUCGUCUCCCUGUAACUCGAUGGGUCGGACUCCACCUCGACAGUCGAACAGUCGCAGCAGUCCACUGACCUCACCCACCAACUGCUCCCACGGCGGACUCUCACCCAGUCGUCUAUGGGGCUGGAGCGCAGACGGUCUCUCAAAGUUCCCUGCUCCACCCUUCCCCUCCCCCCCUCUUCCUCCACCCACUGCUCACUCCUCCCUCAAGGCGCUGCGGCGAGCUUACUCACCCAGCAUGCUGGAGUACGACAGCGAGAACCUGAACUCGGAGGAAAUCUACAGCUCGCUGCGCGGCGUCACUGAGGCCAUCCAGAACUUCAGCUUCCGCAGCCAAGAGGAUCUGAUGGAGCCGCUGAGGCGCGACGGCAAGAGGGAUGGCAUGGCCGGUGUGGCGGCGUCUUCAGACUCUGGUGUUGACCUGAUGGAGGGCGGACGCACGGCGUUGGACAACAAGACAUCGCUGCUGAACACGCCGUCACCGCGCUCCUUCACCGGCCCGCGCUUCCGUGACUAUAAUCCGUACAACUACACUGACAGCAUCAGCACGGUGGACAAAGCUGCCCUGAAGGAGGCGCUGCAUGAGGACGCCGUCGACGGGCGUCGACAAGAAAGUGUUGAAAACAAGAUCCUGCCCCCGAAAAGUUUCCCCACGAGUCCCUCGGAGCAGUUGGAGCUGGUGGGGGAGCUGCUGAAGGAGCUCUCUCAGGGUCAGGUGGGGGAGCGAGGGCCUGAGGAGCGUCGAGGGAACCUGCUGGAGCUGCUGAAGGUGGUGAGAGAGGACAGCGUGUUGGUGUGGGAGGAACACUUCAAAACCAUGCUGCUGCUGCUGCUGGAGACGCUGGGAGACAAAGACCACACGAUCCGAGCUCUGUCUAUGCGAGUCCUGAAGGAGAUCCUGAGGAACGAACCGGCUCGGUUCAAGAACUACGCCGAGCUCACUAUCAUGAAGACUCUGGAGGCUCACAAAGACUCUCACAAGGAGGUGGUGCGGGCGGCGGAGGAAGCGGCGUCCACACUGGCGAGCUCCAUCCACCCUGAUCAGUGCAUCAAGGUUCUGUGUCCCAUAGUGCAGACGGCCGACUAUCCCAUCAACCUGGCUGCUAUUAAGAUGCAGACCAGAGCCAUCGAACGCAUCACCAAGGAGCCGCUGCACCAGCUGCUGCCUGACGUCAUUCCUGGACUCCUGCAGGGUUACGACAACACGGAGAGCAGCGUGAGGAAGGCCAGCGUCUUCUGCCUCGUCGCCAUCUACUCUGUGAUUGGGGAGGAGCUGAAGCCGUAUCUGGCCCAGCUGACUGGCAGCAAGAUGAAGCUGCUGAACUUGUACAUCAAGCGAGCGCAGACGUCGACCAGCAACAGCAGCAGCUCCUCCGACAUCUCCUCCUACUGACGCGCCGCGUCGUCUCUGUCCAGCUGAUCCGUCCACGUCUCCGCCGAGGACGACAUCGCGAUUGUCUCUCUGUGGUUUUUCUUUGCUGAUAAAAGUCGUCACGACUGCGUUUGAGUCACGAGCCUUAAAACUUCAUCUUCCACGUCUCCAUCACUCAUCGUAAACGUUUGAAGGUCGCGAGGUGAGUUCAAAGUCGAGGGAGGUGAAGGAAAAACGCCUGCGUCUGUCAGUAUUUCAUUCUCUUUUAUUAGAUUUCUUUGCUUUUGACACAUCAAACCUGAUCAUUUAUUGAAUGUAAAGAGCUUUGAACGAGCGCUGCUGCCUCCUCACGAUCAGAUCAAUCCAUCAUUUUAACGUUCAAAUUGAGGGAAGUGUCCUUCCCUCUAGAUGCGGAGUUAAAGGGUAAAUCUGAGUACAGAUCAAUGCCGACUACAAAAUGUGACUUUAUAUGAAAUGAUCACUUGGCGGGCCAAUGAUUUAGACCCAAGAACCAGCAGAAGAAUCAGUGUUAGUUUCUUAUAUUUGAAUUAAUCAUUGAUUAAUCAUUGUUUUUCUACCUGGAUUGAAAAAUGUUUAAAAACUUUUGAAUCAAAAAUCACCUGAGUUCAAACACUGUUACAUGAAAUUUGAAUAUUCAGUAUGUGUAUAUAUAUAUAUAUCUAUAUAUAUAUAUAUAGAUAUAUAUAUAUAUAUAAAUACUGUUUAUGUAUGUAUUUGUAAUUUAACUGUGCCACUAAAAACCAACAAUCACUUUUUCAUGAGAGAAUUAAGAAAUAUGAUCAAAUUAUGAAAAAGAACAACAAUAUUAAUCAUUUCCUAGAUGGCAAAUGUUCACAUGUGACUUUAAUCUGGAUUAUUCGUGAUCAAAAAGAAACAUAUUGGUUUAUAUUGUGGUCGAAACAUUUAUUUAUUGUAAACGUAAAGAUUUUAUCAGAUUUAGUUACUGACGCGCACAUGUUUUCUCCCAUUUUUCAAUCCAAACUUAGAAAAUUGAGGAAAAAACAACUUCCUGUUACUGAUUUAAGUGUAAAUUUAUGUGAUAAACAUGGAAGAAGUCUAAAAUGGCGACAGGAAGUGAACGUAAACAUUCAUUUCUGAUUUAAAGUGGGAGUUUAUUUAGAUUUAGAAUUGUCUGCUGUCGAGUUUAAAACUACUGUCGUUUGAGUUUCAUUCCAAAAUAUUUCUGUAUUUAUAACAUACGUCGUGUUUUUAUUCUUCUUCUUCUUAUUCUCAUUAUCGUGGGUCCUCACUGUCUCUUUGAAUGUGAGUCUCUUUACGACGAUUUUGACAACGAAAAAUGUGAAGGACGAGUUAAUGCCGACGCCUCUGAGGACGAGCGCCGCGUUCUAUGUUUGGACUUUAGCAAUAAACUGCGAUAAAUCCAGCCACUGUAUAUUUACAUCGCACUCUUCACCGAUCGUUCUUUACCUGUUUUAUUCUUUAUUUUUAAAACGUUACCACUGCUUCUGAUGAUGCUAACAAACAAAAGUCGCAAAAACACAAAAUACUUAACUCCACCCGGAUAACGCACUAGCCACGGGAAAAACAAACACGCCACGACAGAGUUCAUGUCGUUCGUUUUCUUGCCAAGACUCAGACGUUAGUGACGCAAUAUUGCUGCGAUAAUUUGUGCUUCAAUUUUCUUUUUGUGGAUUCGUAAAUGGAAGUGGGUGGAGCCUCUUCUUUUGUUCGUUAUGUGAAUCUUCUAGAAGACGUUCACUAAUGCGGACUCUUAUGGAUCAAUGUUAAUUAUUUCUCCCCGACAAAAUCAUUGUAAGAAAACAUAAUAAUGUUACAUAAACAUGACUUCCAAGUGUUUGGGGGGCAGAGCUUUAACAAGAGGGGGUGGGAUUUAUAGGUUAAAAUAUUUUUAAAAGUGUAGCUGCUGUUAUGUUGCUAAUAAAUACGAUACGGGAUGAUAUAUUUAUCAUUUCACGAAAAAUGGUUGCAAUUCAUGAUAAUGUUGUGGUAACUGUACCUAUUAUUUCUGACUACGCAAUUAGAAGAUGCUCACAAAUAGGUCCAGUAUUUGGGGGCGGAGCCUCAAUCAGAGGGGCUGGGUCUUAUUCUAUUUUUGUCCUUACCAAAAAUGAUUGCAAUUUGCGAUAUUAUUGUGAUAAUUGUUCGCAAAUAUGACAAAAAAAAACAUUACGUUAUCAAAACAACUAACGUUUAAAAACGUCUUUAUUAAAUCACAGCUUCCAGUAUGUGGGGGCAGAGCUUCGGCUAGAGGGGUGGGACUUAUUGUUGCAGUUUUUUUGUCCUGACCAAAAUAAUUGCAAUUUGCAAUGUUAUCACAAUAAAUAUAAAAAUCUGCCUUAAUAUAUACAGUAUGUUUUUUUUUUUGAAUGUGUAAAUUCUAUCAAAUUAGCUACCUUGUUUUUUUGAAAAUGUUUACAAAUACUGACGAUAUGAUUGCGCUAGUUGAAAGGAAAUGUUCCUAACAGUGAAAUCACUUUACGUUACAUUUUAGUCAGAAAAACAAUUCAAAUAUAAUGUUUUUAUUUCUCACGCCUGAUAAUAGUCUUUUCAGAUUAUUGGCAAGAAAACAAUCAAAAGGAAAAAAAGAUUGUUUACUGACGUGACAUGGCUGCUGGAAAUGAAUAAAAAAAACCUGUCCAUGUUUGUUUGUCGCAAGACUCCUGCAAACAGGAAGUGAGAGCAUUCGCUUUGCUCAAAUUUUUUUGUAAAACGUGACCUGAAACUAAAUGGUCAUAAGUAGCGCCUGCGUUGUUUUCUCACGUUAGUUUGACGCAAAGCAAAUAGGACGACUUGCCAGCGAUUCCUCUGAUAGCAGACCUGCUCUAACGCUAACAUUACCGCUAACACACCCUCCAUCACUACACUGCAAAAACACUAAUGUGACAACAACGCGUUCUCAUGAUGAUGCACUUGUGUAAAUAGGCGUUUCCAUAGAAACCACUCACACUGACUGCAUGGCUCCUGUUUUUAUUAGUUUUUAGUGCUGCACAGUAUUUAUAUAUACGCCCUGUGUUUGUCUGUACAUAUUUACAUGAUAUUUACGUGAUUAUUUACAUCAUAUUUACCUGUUUGGUUCUUUCACCUGUGAGAAAACUUUGCAGAACUUUUAUUUUCUUCCUUGUCUGAUUUUGUUUGUUUUUUUCUGCAGUGAAUAAAAAGUGUUUUUAUACCCGACUGUGACCGACUCCACGCCAAAAUAACAAUAAAACUGUUUGAAAACAUCAACAAAA